CCCCCGGUCUCCUCAGUUUUACUCCAUCCAGCUGUAGUUGGGACUGCCAGCUCCCGUGUCUUGCCCCACCAUUUCCAGAAACCAGGUGGGAGAGAACAUCACUUUUAUUUGAGAAGUCUCAAGGGUCAGUCAGUAGGACCGGCUGGGAGGCUGGUCCUGCUGGAGGCCACACCCACCUCCCCCAUCCUGAGGCCAGUGUGGACUCCCAGGUGACAGGGUUGAGGUAGUGGUGCCUGGGCCUCUGGCUGCAGGCUUUGUCAAGGGCAGGCUUUGUCACUGCCCUCCAGACCCUCAGGAGGAGAGCUGGUCAAAGCCUGCCCCAGGGAGCCUGAGCUCCCUUCCUCCUCCCCCUCCCCUGUCUCAGUCUUCCAGCCAUCUCCUCUGCCAUCUCCUCUUCCCUUCCUUUUUGAGAAAUCCGUCCUGGAUCAGGGGUUAGAACCUGGGGCCACACUGCUGUCCCAAUGCUGUUGUCACCCAAACCCAAUGGGCCAAGCCUACCAAAUUGGAAGUCUUAGGAGCCUUGUUGGCAGCCGCUCUUCAGAGGCUCCUCCUGCGUCUUGCUCCCUUCCACCCCCCCUGGUCCCCCAGCCUAGGUCCCUGACCCUCUUCCCCCUCCUCAGGCACCUGAAGCAAGCCUCCUGCCCUCUUCCCCAGUCUGAACACCACUGAAAACAUGUGUCUCUUCUCCUUGCCUUCAGUGGCUCCCCACGGCUCUGGAUGAAGACCUUGUUCUAAUAGCCCACAAGGCUCCUUCGUGAACCUCCCCCACGCCCCCAUCCUCAGCCUCCUUGAGGUUGAAAAGCUCCAAGCUCCAGAGGCCGUUCUGCUUCUUCCGAAGGGGAGGUUGAUCUGAGUGCCCUUAGGAUGGGCGCACCUGCAUCUGGGGGCCUGACUGCCUGCACAGCCGCCAGAGCUCUCACAAGGGGCUUCAGGGCUGCCCUGUCACUGGUGGGGUUGUAGCCGAGACUCCGCUGGCUCAGGCCAGGGGUCUGCUCUGCCACCAACUCUGGGCCCACUGAGGUAGUAUCACUCAGCACCUGCUGUGGGGCUAGCUGGGAUAUCAGGGGGCUUUGGGGCUCCAGGCCCCUGAGCUGCCCUCUUCCGAGCCAGAAGCCGUGGAACCAGGACUUUGUGACCCUGGAGAAGGCUCAACCUCCCUGCAUCUCACUUUGCUAGUCCUUAAAUGGGUGUCACUAUGCUUAACCUCUGGAGUCCUUGUGAAGGUUCAAAGAGGGCCUGAGGAGAGAGGGUGGGGGCUUGGGAAAUGUUUGUGAGUGAUUCACGUCACUCUAGCCACCAAGCCCAUCCCCCCAGCACAGAACACAGGAAGGAGGGAUCCCUGGGUGGCGCAGCGGUUUGGCGCCUGCCUUUGGCCCAGGGCACGAUCCUGGAGACCUGGGAUCGAAUCCCACGUCGGGCUCCCGGUGCAUGGAGCCUGCUUCUUCCUCUGCCUGUGUCUCUGCCUCUCUCUCUCUCUCUCUCUGUGACUAUCAUAAAUAAAUAAAAAAAUUUAAAAAAAAUUAAAAAAAGCUUUAAAAAAAAAAAAAAAAAACACAGGAAGGAGGUGGGGUGGGAUCAAGGGGCCUAUUUUACAGCCAGAGAAGGUGAGGCUAGGAGGGUAAGAUGAAUGAGCCGGUCUGGCUGCAGUUCAGUCCCUGAUUCCGUACCACCCUAGAAGCUGGGGAUGGUUCCCAGCUAUAAGAAAACCCAGGCACUGAGGCCCAAAGGGCACCCUCCCCUUUUCCCACAUCUCCAGUGCUGUCUAUCCCCCAGCACUGCAACCUGUCUCUGAGGUACCAGAGUCCCUUUCCCCAUCAGGCCCCUCAUUCAGCCACCCUCAGAUCUAGGCAGUGCCACUUCCCAGUCUCUCCGGAGCUUCCCAGAGAGUCCCAGAGCCAUCCUGGUCCAGGUACCCCACCCUACUCUACCCAUGUAAAUGCAACAGCCCCUCCCCCCAGCAACCUGAAACUGCCCAGAGGCCCAGGGACCUAGAUCAUGACCUGGCCUGGGAACCCUGCUCACUCCAAAAGCAACUGCCUACUGUCGCCCCCUACCACCCAUGUCCAGCUUUUAUAGCUCCACUGGGAAGUUUGCUCCCAGUGUCCCUCCCGGGCUUCCGCAGCCCCUGCCCACCCUCAGGUCAAACUGGUCCCGUGGAGGGCUCCCCUCCCCCAACUAUAAGAUGCCUGACAGCUGAGUCUUAGGGCCCUGGCUCCGCCCAGCAGAGGGCGCCCGGGAGUGUCAGUCUUGAAGGGAGAUGGAAGGACAGGCCAGCCUAUCGGUGCCGUCGUCCACUUGGCGGGGCUGCCCCAGCGGGAGGCAGGCUGAUGAGAGACCGGGUUUAUGAUGACCAGGCUGACCCUCUCCAGGUGGCUUACAGUCAGCUGAGUCCGGCCAGGUGCCUGCCCACCAUCCUGCAGUUGUCCAGCACCAGCCUCAUCACCGGACUGGGAGAGGGGAGAUCAGGCUCCUGGGCAUAUGUCCCAUCCUGGCCUCCUGACUCCUCCGUGCACCCCUCAACCCCAGGAUUGGCCGCUGCUACCGUAUCUGUCCCCUGACCAAGACCAGGGCAGCCAGGUGCACGCCCCAGGCUCUUGUGCAAGGAUCAAAUGCGCCAGCUCUGGUUCCUCACUGCCAAUGCCCCGUGAGCUUGGAACCCCAGGAUCCCUCCAUAGCCCUCCCUCCACAUGCUCGCCCCAGCGAACACCUCCCCUGCCUACACCCCAAGGCAGACCCUGGCCUGCCCUACUUUGGGCUUCUGGUUCCUCAGCUCCAUUUGUGGAGCCUCCUGUCCAAGUUCAUGGCGGCACUUUGCAGACCAGCCCCCAGCCCCCAGGAAAGCUCCAGACAGAAAGGGGAGUGGAGAGGGGUGGUGGAAACACCUCCUGGGGGCUGUGGGGGAACAGGGCUUGCGAGGGUGGGACCCGCCAAACUACGAGUUCCCGGCUGUAGUGUUUUCACAUAGGGUGGCUAGCCCUGGAGCCUGGGAAGUCACUAGCUUGUCGCCAGGAUCCAGUUCUUUAGCUGACCUUCAUUGGGCACCCACUGUAUGACCUUGGCCAAUAAUCACUUGUUUCAUUAGUUCAUUUCCCUCGUUCACCAAACACUGGGAGGGUCAGUCAGCCUGUAACCUGCCUGUGCUGGCUGGUCCCAGAGACCCAGAGAGGACCCACUCCCACCAUCCCUGGUCUCCCAGGACUCCUGUUCCAAGUGGGGGACCCUCAUCUGGGAAUGUGACCCAAGAUCACUGCACCCUGCCAGUGCAGGGAUGGGGUUGGGCAGGCACAAAGGCACUAGAAUCCUCAAGCUGUACAUCUUAGACACAAAAAGGCAGAGUCAUUCCCAACUGUGUGGCCUGCGGCCUCCAUGGGCAGGGAAGUAAUGAACGGCUCCAGCCGGGAAUGCAGGGUCCUCAGGACAGACCGGACCCUUCUGCACCCUCGCUAUUGCUGGGCAUCGCCUGGGAGGUUUAGGAAUCUGAUGCUCCACCAUGGAUCUGAGGCAGAUCCUGCACUUUAAUUGGGGUCCCAGGGUGACUCAUGGGCACAUUAGAAUCACCUUGAGUGUUAAGAAGUCCCUAGGCUCAGGGCACCUAGCUGGCUCAGUCGGAGUGUGAGUCUUGAUCCCGGGGUUGUGACUUCAAGCCCCAAGUUGGGUGUAGGGGUCACUUAAACUUAAAAGAAAUCCCCAGGCUCAGGCCAGUUAAGUCAGGAUCUCCAGGAGCUUCGUUCCAUCUUUUUGCAAACUCCUAAAGCUAUCUGCACAUAUACCUAAACUGGAGACUCAGGGCUCUGCACACUCUCCUGAAGUCACUGACCUCCCACAGACCAAGCCCUGCACUUAGGGCUCGCCUCACACCCCCACAGCACAAGUCUUGCCUGCUCCCUUCACCCCCUCUCCACUGCUCUGCCCGCUGUCCCCAUUUCCCUCCUGGCCCUCAGGCACCCUCCCCUGCCCCGCAGAGAGUGAGGCCUAAGCUACUGCCCCCCACCCCACCACCACAUCUGCCAUCCCAGCUGGGCCCUCUGCCUGCCGUGGCUGUCCUCAACCCAUGUGACAUCUGCCCCUGUAUGUAAUAGGGAAGUCUUGCUCAGAGCUGAGAAUCCAACAGUGGGGAAGUGUGGAAAUGAGGCAGGCGGAUGAGGCAACAAGGGCCAGCAGAAGGGCCUCACCCAUCAUGCUCCCCCAACUCCCGAGCCUCCUGGCCCAGAGCUGACCAUGCCCCUAACUCACAGAGCACUCCCCCGCCCAAGAAGGCCCUCAGGGCCUGGCACCAAGUCCUCCCUGGAGACCAGAAGUCAGCCAGCCCCCAGAACCACACAGAGUCAAGAAACUGGUCACCGUGUUGGGCAUGUGCUGACAGCCGAUGCACAAAGCACAGAAACCAUGGAGACAGUAGCAGGCAGGACAGGAACUCAAGUGCCAGACAGGAUCUGGGGACAGGCAAGGUCUGUCUCCGCCUCCUUUCCUUCCUCCUCUGCCCUCCCCACCCGGCCAGCAUCCCCUACCCCCGUGGGGCCCGUGGAGCAGAAGCCUCAGUCACUUCCUGAAGGCAGCGGCCCAGCUUGGGUCCCACUUGCCCUGUGGCCCAUCACCCGCCUGCAGCCAUGGGGAGCCAUCAGGACUUCCGGAGCCUUCAAGCAAAGUUCCAGGCCUCUCAGCUCCAGACCAGCGAACUCCCCAAAAAACCCCCAAAGCCUGAGUUCAACAAACUCCUAAAGAAGUUUCCACCACCUGAGCAAAGCGAGCACCCCAAGAAGCUCCCACAGCCAGAGUUCCACACAGUACCCAAGAAGCCCCCGCAGCCCCAUUGCACCGAUCUCCCCAGAAAGCCCUCCAAACCUGAGUCGAGUGAACCCUCCAAAAAGUUCCCACAGUUCGAGACCCCUCAGAAAGCCCCACGGCCUGAGCCUAGCAGGCCCCCACUGGAGCCCAAGCCCAGUGCCUUCCCUAAGAAGCUCCAGCAGCUGGAGCCCAAUGGGACCACCCCAGAGCCUUCACAGCCCGAUUUUAAUACCCUUCCCAAGAAGCCCCCUCAGCCCGACUUCAACGUGCACCCUAGAAAGCCCCUGCAGUCUGAGGUCAGUGGCCUCCCUAAGAAAUCCCUGCCACAGCCUGAGUUCAGUGAGGUCCCUCAGACGCCCCCCUGGAAGUCAGAGUCCAAUGAGCACCAGCCCCACUGCUCAGAGCCCGACUUCAGUACAUUUCCCAGAAAGAUCCCAGCCCCUCAGCUGAGUGACCUCCCCAACAAGCUCCUGCACCCUGAUUUUGGUGACCUCACCAGGAGGUCCUCAGAGCCUGAAGUCAGUGUGUUUCCCAAGCGGCCACGGCAGUCUGAAUUCAAAGCACCCUCCAAGAAGCUCCUGCAGCCUGAGCUGGGGGCCCUCACCAGGGUGUCCUCAGAGCCCGAGUUUGGCCUCCUCCCCAGGAAGUUGCUGCAGCCUGAGUGCCAGCAGCCCCCUCGAAAGUUCUCACAGCCCGAGCCCAGUGCUCUGCCCAAGAAGCACCUGCACACGGAGUUCUUUGGUGAUCUCCCUAAAAAGCCCCCACUCCCUGGCUCCGUCUCCGAGAGCUCACUCCCCGCUGCUGUUGCGGGCUCCCGCCCCAGGCUCCCACUCAGCCCUGGCUUUGGAGCCAGGGAGCAGAGAUCAGGAGCUCGCUCUCACAGUGGAGGCUUGAGGCUGGGCCUCCAGCCUGGCCACCCACCCCGGCGGAGGCCUCUGCCCCCAGUAAACAGCCUAGGCCCCCCCCCAACCAAGCCCCCACUGCCCCCUGGCCCCAGGGAUGUCCAGAGCUUCCGAAGAGCCGCAGCCGCAGCCACAGCUCUGAGGAGGACCCGUUCUUCUGCUGGGAUCCACCUCCAGGCCCGACAGACUCAAGACAUCCUGCAGGACCCGGACGAGGCCUAUGAGCUGUAUGACGACGUGGAGCCCACGGACAACUCCAGCCCCAGCCCCAUGGGCAGAGAUGAAGUACCAUUUACCCAGCAACCCCCCAGGCCACCACAAGAUCCAGAACUCAGGAAGGAAAAGGCCCCCCAGCCACAGCAGUUGCCACCCACAGACCUGAAGUCCCUGAAGCAGAUCCGGAAGGCAGAGAAAGCCGAGAGGGAGUUCCGGAAAAAGUUCAAGUUUGAGGGGGAGAUAGUGAUUCAAACAAGGAUGAUGAUCGAUCCCAACGCCAAGACACGUCGUGGGGGUGGCAAGCACCUGGGGAUCCGGCGUGGGGAGAUCCUGGAGGUGAUCGAGUUCACAAACAAGGACGAGAUGCUGUGCCGGGACACCAAGGGCAAAUAUGGCUACGUACCCAGAACAGCUCUACUGCCCCUGGAAACGGAGGUGUAUGAUGAUGUUGGCUUCUGCGGUAUGUAGAUGCUCUGGGUGGGCUGGAAGGGACCACAGUGCCUGGAAAGAGGUAACCCCCCACUCCACCAUCCCAUUUCCCUGGGGCUGCUCAUUAGCUGUGUAUGGGGAGAGGAGUCACUCCAAGUCACCCUUCCUCGGCAGAACCUCUGGAGAGCCAACCAUUCCCCCAGGGAAGAUAAGGCCCACAGGUGUGGGUCCCCAGGACAACCUGUCAGCCCAGCCACCCACUAAAGCAGGAGUUUUGGAGACCAGACUGGCAAUCACAGAACCACCCAGGCUCAUGCCUGACUACAUACAUGAACCACAUAAAGCUCCUAUUUAAAGCGA